CAGCAUUCAGUUUUCACUUCUCAGUCGCAAAACGCAGAGAGGGAAGGAACAACCAUGGCUAGCGGCGGUUUGAAGAAGAUGUUAACGUUGGCUAUCGGCGAAGGAGUGUCUUCUGCACGAGCAACGAUAUUCGGUCAUCAAUUGAACCCAACUGGAAAGAAAUCUGCUCACAAGAUUCUCCGAAUGAAAAUGUUUGGGGAGAAAGUUGCUCAAUGGUACCCUCAUGAUAUCAACAAAGAUGAUCCUCUUGGUAUGGCUCGUCAACAACAAGAACGCUUAUCUAAACUUGAAAUGUUGAAGCGUCGAGGUAAAGGGCCACCCAAGAAGGGACAGGGAAGGCGUGCUGCAAAACGCAACAAAUAAAUUAUACUCUUCCUUGUCUUGAAUUCACAUUAUGUGGGUAUACUGUUUUAAAUCAAAUACUAGUAGUUGUUUCGGCAAACACCUUGAAUUUCAUUUAGAGAUUUUUUUUCUUGCCUUGUUGUUACUUGGGGAAAAAAACUUAAUGCAUUUGAGAGUUGAAACCAUUAGGCUAAUUUGGUUGGAGAUGUUUCCCUUUUUUUUGUGCUAUUAAAUUUUCAUGAGUUGAUAAUCUACCUUGAAAGUUUGAAUGCCAUCACAAGGUUAUAAAUAGCCUUUUUCGUAUUGAUUUUGCUA